AUGGCGGUGGCGGAGCGAGUUUAUGCGCUGUGUCGGGCUGGUGGGGCGGAGGCGGAUGUCUUGGGAGCGUUGGGGGAGUUGGGGGAUGAUGUUGAGGCCCUGCGUGCGGUGGCUGAGUGGCACGAUGGUCGGAUGACGGUCGGAGGGGGCGUCACGACGCUGCACUAUGCUUGUUAUCAUGGAAUGACCAGUGUAGUACGGCUGUUUGUCGGGGUGGCCGGAGCCAACCCAAACUGCCAGACCGAGAUUGGACGCACGCCUCUCCAUGUGGCCUGCAGCCGCGGUUGGACCGACAUUAUCCAAGCCCUGGUUGUGGCCGGUGCCGACGCCAACCUGGUCGAUGUGGUAAUGUCGCGCACCAAGGAUUCUUGCGUGACGUGUGGGUAG